AUGCAGUCCGAACGCGGGCUGAUGCGCACGCUGCAGACCUCCUUCGACGCCGUCUACGAGCUAAGCCAGGACCGCACCCACUAUGUUAAGCCGGCGACUCUGCGCGGCACGCCCGUCGCCAAGAUAACCGAGGAUUCGCCGUACUGGAUCCCCGCCUGGGAGUCGUUGGAUGCCUUUCUGGCUAAGGAGGGCGAGGAGGAGGCCCUUAAACAGCAGUAUAGAGCCCGCCACAACAUAGACCCUGACAAUAAGGGCGUCCAGAAACGGGGCAAGUUCCACCAGGACAACAUGUCCAAGUAUCACAAGAUACGCGAAAUCUUUGGCCCUGAUAGCGACUACCACCCGAACCAGCUCGUCUCCAAACACCAUCUCCCCGUUCAAGGCCUCUGCCACAAGGAGCUCAUGUACCGUCUCGCCUGCAAGAUCUCUGAUCUUCGCGUCCUGCAGGCCAGGGGCAUCCUGGCCAUGGAUCCGUGGGACUUUAUUCGCUGGCGCGUUGGCCUCAAAAUCCAGGAACGCCUGCAUCUUCCGGGCCAAAGGGCCAUUUCCUUCAUCCGCACAAUCGUCUACAAGCUUUGCGACGAGAACCAGGCUGGCUCCAAUCCGUACGGAGACCCAAUCAUGAGGGAGGCGGCCAUCCUUGCGGCCAGGUAUCAGAACCGCCUCGGCAGCUACAAGACGCACAAGCAGCAUGCGAGCAGCGCCCCCAACAAUCCCACAACGACGCUGCCCAGACCUCGGCUGCAGUCUGGCGCCGCCCAAGCCGCAGAAGAGGCCCGCCGGGAGAGGCGUGCCAGACUCGCGGCCCAGCCAAGCACGUACCAAGGGGUGAAUGCCUUUAGGGCGCAGAUGCAGGAACGGAUGGCGAAAAAGAAUGGUGACGAGUGA